AUGGUCGUAGAAGUAUUAAAAACUAGCACACCAAAAAAAAAAAAAAAUGUACAUGAUGAAGUUUUUGAUGACGAAAAUGUUGAUGACGAUUUCAUAAAUAUAAAUUCUAGUUUGAUUUCUGUAUGUUCAAGACAAAGUUAUGCCGACACUGUUAAUGAUAAGGACAUCCAAUGUGAAAUAGGUAAUGAAAUUUACCGUUGUCAAGAUAGUGCAGGUGAUUAUGAUAAGUCGUUCAACUAUUUGUCCGAUGAAAAUAGCUCCUCUGAAGAUGAUACAGAUGUUUAUUAUUUCAUUAAUAUUAAACCAAAAUUCAAUAUAAUUAUACGAAUAGAAAGGUACUCUUAA